AGUGACUUAUUUCUUUGUGUAAAUUAUAGUUGUUGGACUCAUUUUAGUCAAACAAGCUUUGUAUUCUUAUGAGUAAGAAGAAAAAUCUAUCCUGGAAGUAUACCUCAUUUCACUUGUAAAGUGUCUAAUUGUUUAUUGGAACACAUCUAACUGUUCUGAAUUCAUACAUUACACUGAAAGAUAAUCAAUAACUUCAUAACUUUGUAUUUAAAUUGUCUCAACAAUCAGCAAACAAGGUAUAAAAGCUCAUGAAAACAUGGACAUGUUCUAUUAUUUAUGUGCAUGCAUUUCUGUAAAAGAGUUACUGCUUGGCCUUCAUGUUUAGAUCAUUUCUAAUGUUUUUGAGAUGUCUGACAAAGGAAAGAUGGAAAUGAUCUCUUGUUUAUGUAAUAAGUAUGUGAGUACAGUUUAUUUAUUUUAGCACCUUUCAUCGGACAAGAUCACAAAGUUCUUCACAAGACAUACACUCAUAUAUAAUGAGGUUAGGAGUCCAUAUAAAGUCCCCUCCACUUAAAAUGUGAUAUUUAAACUUCGGUGUGAAGAAUAAUGCAUGUGCAGUGUUUCACACUAGAAGACUGUUUGCACAUUCCUCUGCUGGAAAGGGAAACGUUUCCCAAUUUAACAGGGGGGUGAACACGUGUACGUGAAUCCAAUCCAAUCCGCAAUUUACAAAUGUGUGGACGCCUGUAGUAGACAUCUUUUAUUUGCAUGUUUAAAUGUUCUGGGUGUUUGAGGAAGACGUAAUAAUUAAGCAAUGGCCCCCUGGGCAGACUUUAUAGUUCUCUUUUUGUUGAUGUUUUGUGUCUCUUUGGAGUUGUUAUCCAUCGCUCAUAUUGCAUCUUAUGUUUCUUUCUGAUCAUUUUGAGAUCUCCUCCUGGUUGGUACGAGUCUCCUUGAGUGACAUGUUGGACCCCUGGACCUGUGCCUGUUUGGCCCGUCCAUGAGUAAAUGUCAUUAAAAUAUCUUUCAACAUGAGGAGGCAAGUGGACUUUCGGACUACCUGGGCUUCGUGUCCUCCUUUGGCCCCCGCGCUAAACAUUGGGGGACCUUUGAACCACUCCCCCUUUACUGAGGAGCUACAGCUGACCACCAUGACCACGUCCACCGUCAAAGACUUCCUGGUUACCUAUUUAAUGCCCGAAAAAUGUUACCGGAGGAUUUUUGUCAACUUGCACGUGCACGGGCCUUGCCUAAAGUUAAUAACCAUCAGAAUUGUCGGAUUUUGGAUUUUACUGGACGCUCUUCUGGCACAGAUGGCACAGCUGCUGAAGAUAGUGUGGAGUAGAAGUGCAGAGGGUCUGAGUCUGGCCUCCGUGCUCCUGCAGCUGUACGCCGUCUCCUGUCCUGUUGUGUACGCCGUGGCCAACAACUUCCCAUUCUUCGCCUGGGGGGAGAGGCUCUUCAUCUUGGCCUACACAGCAGCCACCGUCUUCCUCAUCCUGCACUAUCGUGGUGAUACCCUCACAGGGUUUCUGGUCCUCUUGGCUUAUGGGAAUGUAAUGUUCCUGCUGGGCUCCUACGCAGCUGCAGCUGUUGCCUCAGUGAUGCAGGCUUCCAGUUUGACAGCUUUAAUUGCAAGCAAGGUUCUCCAAGCCAGAGCUAACCACUGUAACGGCCACACGGGCCAACUGUCGAUUCUGUCCGUGUUACUGACGUGUGCAGGAUCCCUGGUUAUCUUGGUGUCUCUCCAGGAGACGGGAAGCUUGUUCACCACUUUGUCACAGGCUCUGUCAGCGGGCCUCAGCUUUGUCCUCCUGGCCCAGGUCCUCUGUAGCAGCGGCAGCACCGCCACCACCAAAGCAAAUACAUACUUUCUCUUCAGGUUCAACUGGUCCAGCUUGAUUGCACAGUCUUCUAUAAAGAGGGACCAUCAUUGUCUCUGUGUCCUCCACCGUAUCAGCAGCAGUGAAGAAAAUAUUGAAGCUGCAGAGAUGUUCUUAUACAGAGAUGUGUCCCACCAGAGCAAUUGAGAAGUGCUCUCUCGGGAUAAGUGGUUAAAGAUAAUGGAUGGACUUACCUUGUCAAACUUCUCCGAGUGCUUUUUUACAAAUGUAUGUAUUACGUGUAAUCCACUAAUGCAUCAUUUGUAAAGAUACGAAAAACAAACUGAAGGUCAGGAACAGCAUUCAUUAUUACAAAGUCCUUCCAUUGAGACGUAAAACAACAAAGCAUAAACCCUUUUAAUUGUCUGUUCUUGCAGCCCGUGGGAGCAUAACUGAGAGUAUAGAGGGAAAAUAUUAACGAGGGUGUCGAUUGUUUGCAGACACUGGAAGUGUGAGCACAGACCGUUUAUCAACAUUACAUUGUCUUCUACAAAAUAGUAGCGGUGCCACACAAUCGAUCCUCCACUGUGUAGUUGAACUUAUUUAGGCUUUAUUGCUUUAAUUUAUGUUUUCCAACAAACAUUUAACUAAAUCAAUACAUCCCACCAUGUUUGAGUAACAUGAUCCACAAGACCUUUCCACUAGAGGGGGCUGCUUGUACAUAUGUACAGUACUGAAUAUGCGUUCCAUCAAUCUAACUGGGUCUCUACAGCAUAUAUAUAUUUCUGAGGUGUGUGGGUGUUAUACAUCUAUGGAUAAGGCGUCAAUAUAAAGAAUCCCACUGCUCCUGCAGUACAGUAAAUGCAUCAUUUCAUGCUCAUGUUUCUUUAUUUCAAAUCUGUGGAGGAAACAUACACUAUAUGUUUUAUUUCUUCAUUUAAAAAACAAGUGUCUUUCCGGAUUAAUCUGUUUUUAUCGAUUUACUGCUGAAGUUCCAUUGUUGUAAAACUAGAACCAUGAAGGAUGAUAUUGCUCAGGACAAUAACCUUCCCACCACGUCCGCCUGUUUGAAUAUAUUCAGAUAUGUGCAGACACAUCUAUUUGGUCAUAGCAUGCACACAAUUUGAUCAUACUAUAUAAACACAGUGCUUAUGAAAUCAUUAGGGUGACUGUGGGUCAGUGGUUAGCAGGUCUGUCUUUCAAUCAGGGGGUUGGUGGUUCAAUCUUAGUCGAUGUGUCCUUGAGCAAGACACUUAACC